AUGUCACGAUCACGGUUUCAACUGCUAAAACUUGCAACUUGCUUUUUAUUUGUCUCCCUGUUAUCCAUACCACGCCUUACACAGUCCUUUGGCAGGGAAAUACUUCCCAUGCUUCAUUCGACGAUAAUGACGUGCGAUUCGAACUCUUGCGAUAUCAGCGAGGCGUGUGUUGCAAACAACAGAACUCUGUUCGUUAUUGGCAGUGCAUCGGUGCCUAUUGUCGAAAGAGCGCUGCUCAGUGUGAGACUACGAAGAAACGGCAGUGUAGCUUUGAAUGUCAGGGCUCUGGACAUAUCUAUUCUGACCACGUCAAGACGCAGAAGCAAAGCUUUUCUCAUAGAGCGGUACGUUGACAAUAACUGCGGACACAUCCUAGGAGACGAAGUUUGGCCUGCAUUUCGAAUGAUGCAGAAAUAUGCGCCGAAUUCUGAUCGACUCGGUCAUGAGAGUGACUUGUACGUCGAUCGUCCGAGUAGACCACGAUGCGAUGAUUAUUUUGAUGCAUUAGUCAAGAAUGGGGAGGUUUUCGAUCUCAACUUGAAAACUGAAGUUGAGUCCAGAAUUAUAUGCUAUGAUCACGUGUAUUUCGGAAUGAGCGGAUUCUCUUACGUUGAUGAGGACCUUGCAUAUCUUUCGUCUCCAGUGUUUUCAGCUGACGCGAAAGCCUUCAGAAAUAAAUUUUACAUGAAGUAUCCGUCAAAAGAAAAAGAAAAUCCGGACAAACUUGUCAUCAUGGAGAAAAGGUCUGGGGACCAUCUUACAAACAUCGAUAACAUUAAUGAGCUGAAACUGGCCGCAGCCCGAACUUUUAAAGAACUCGACGUCCUUAUUGCCUGCCUGGAAGACUACUCAGUUGGAAAUCAAGUAGAACUGAUGAGUCGAACGAAAAUGCUUAUCAGUCUUCCAGGGUCCGACGUAAUGAACGCGAUAUUCAUGCAAGAUGAUUCUACACUAUUAGUAUAUUGUCGGUUUGUGAACGGCGUUAAAGAAAAUAGCAACGAGAUACGACUUUGGUUCCGGUACCUUGUUCACUUACGUGUAUUCGAGUUCUGCAGUGAAUUUCCAGAUGUCCGCCUCGAGGACAACAGAAAUGUAUGGAUUAACGUUACUCGUCUUAAUGAUACAAAAUAUGAACAAAGACUGAUACCCCACGGAAGAUGAUCGUCAGCGAUUCGGAUAUGUUUUAGCACUCGCGAGAAGCGCAGUUACUUAGUUGGAAAAGUAACAGGAAUAUGGGAAUGAAACCGGCCAGAAUGCAAGCAGAAUUGUUCUUCGAUGUCGCUGACCUCGUUUCUGUUCUCGGCAUCGGCUUGACGACUAUAGUUCCGCGCAGAUGUAAGACCUUGUCUUAACAUGUAAGAGCUCGAGACUUCUUGUAGAUAUUUCGAAAGCUUACUCGAGGUGUCUAGCGUCGCAAGGGCAUGCACAUCAAGUGUCAAAAUCAUUCCAUGUCGUCGUCUCAUCGAACUGAUCCCGUCAAGAAAAGCCGCCCCCAUACCGCAACGAGGGAAGCUAGCGAGUUUAGGUCUCAGUGUGCAGGUCUUGAUUUUGAAAAAGUCGCAGAGUGGUCCGAAAAUCGUUUUCCUUAUAGACCUCUCACGAGUAAAAUCGCGAAACUUUGAGAGAGCAUCAGCGACGUAAUAGACAACAUCGUGACGAAGUUUCAAAUCAAUCGACGCCGCGAAAGCGCGUUGGCGCGCACGAAGGCACGUUUUUUUUUUGCGAUUUAGAAUGAAUACGCAUACUUCCGGAAGUACUUUCGUAUUUUUUUUUCUAAAAUCGCGAGUUACCCCUUUUUUUGUGCUCCACCUCAAGUUCAUCCCACGAGUGAAGCAACGCUUCGGCUUCAUUCGGUGCAUUUAACAAGCAGCCGGACAUGCAGCUAUCUUCGGCGUCUACUUGCUGUAGACUUUAGACUUUGAUAUCAACAAACACUCAGUUAGAUAUAUGGGUUAAUAAUGUUUAUUAGUGUGUGAUCAGCAGUGGGAAAAUAUCCUGAUCUUAAAAGAAAAGGUCCUAGGUUCGAACCCCACAAGGAGCAGAAUUCUCUAAAUAUGAGAAAAUAAAUAAAAUAAAAAAAUCUGCCUUCCAAGUUCCGUCAAGGGGGUGUCUCAAUAUAUAUUCCUUCGAAGGUAGCCGCAAACUAUCAUAUUUAGCUACCUUCGGAGGU